UUCCCUGUGGUACGUAGCGAUCGGGCACGAGAAUGCCGUCAAUCCUUGCUCUCUGUGCUUGUAGAUGGAAGAAGGGACGCCGAUUCUCGAAUCCUUCACGCAAAGCGUCGCGGAUGGGCCGUCCCAGCCGCUGGUGCGCAAGCUCAUGUCCCUGAUGCUCUCGGAGCCGUCCUCGAUCCCUCCCAUUCAAGAUCCCGACGACGCCAGUGGAUUCCUCCUCGUCGAAGCUCCCGCUGGUGGAAUAUCGAGGCCCGGAGCUUUAGACGCAGUGGAAGAUAUCGCUCAAACGGCCGGGUGCCCGGUGGAGGACAUGGAGAACGUUGUCCAGUCGGGGUUCCGGUUCGCUGGAUCCGAGGGGUGCUGCGAUUCUCCAAGAGUGGAGAGUUACUUCUCGGAGAGCCAGAUCCCAGCAGACCUCGCGGACAAAGUUCCCAUCGAUUUCCUCCACGCCAUCAACAAUGUGCUCGACACCAGGGUCGUCCCAGUGCCAAAGGGCCAUCACCACCAUCACCACCACGGCCAUGGUAGACGAAGAUCUGCAAGGAAGCGAGCUCCGCCAGCUUUGUCACUCGGGAACAAAGAGCUUGUUCUUCCUCGCGAGGAAGAACAAGGUGGCACAGGUUUCGCGAGCACGGACUAUGCACAGGAGAUGGUGACGAGGAGGCUGGAUAGAUUGGAGGAGAUUUGCUUGCGGACCGAGUCCUACGUCCAGAUGGUUCUAGGGACGAUGGACAGGAGGCUCCAGCUCCUCGAGGGCGAUGGGAUAUCCAGGUGCACUCUGGAUUCCAUGACUUCUCCGAGGUUUCCAGGAGGAAGUUUUUCGUGCGAAGCCGGGACUUUCGUUACUCCGGAGAUGCUCAUGGUGCAGUCUCCUCGUCCGGACAGGAUAUCUCUGUUUGCUACUGAUGUAGCAGCGUCGGCUGGGUUGGAGGUGUCUUGCCAGGCUUCCGAGGAUCCAGCGCUCGUUCUCUCGACUCCGGUUCCAUCCGUUUCGCAGCCGUCCGAGUAUCCGUUCGCUACUCUUGCUGGAGAGCGGCCGGAGAUCACCGCAACGGUGGCUCCUUCAACUCCAAAUACAGGGGACGAGAUAACAACGAUGCACAGGCAGGAGGACGAAGGGACUUCCGAGAGGCCACUUGUUGCUGCGAUCGCCGUUUUCUCUCUUGCUCCCGAUGCUGCGGUGGAUGCACUCCUGAGCGAACCAGUUUUGACGUGGGAGAACGAGGGAUUUCCCUACCUUCGUCCAGCUUACCAGGUGGAGUUGGAGCCUCGGCCGAGGGACACCACUGUGCUGACAUGGGACGCUGCUCGCUACUUGGCUCCCGAGUCGACAAGCAGUGAAGACGAGCGUGCUACUUGUCACUCCAGCGAGGAAGCAUUCGCCUUCUGCAAUCUAGACGACGAACCGAGGCGGCUCAAGGAGGACACUGAGAUGCUGAGCGAGGUUUCGUCUCUCCUCCAGAAUAUAUGCGCCGACCUGGAAGCUUACGGCGUUCCGGAGGAUGAAAGAACCAUCGAGCGCUGUCCUCACUGUCGUUUCGGCCCAGCUUGCAUCAAAGACCAGGAGGAGAUCAUCUCAGUUCUCGAGGAGAUGUUCACGAGGCUGACAUACUGGCCGCGUCCCGAGGACGUCCUCAUGAGUGUUCUACCAGUCUCAGGAGCUUUCUCGGCAAACGCUUCGGUAGACGAAGUUGCGUUUGCUCCAGCAGCGGCUUCCAGUCGAGAGCGUGUUAUAGAGGGAGUUCAGUACGCGCAGCUACCUCAGCAAGAAGACGUAGACGAGAUCAGCUCAACGAAAACCGAGCGGAGUCUUGAGAUUUUUCCUUUGGAAGGCAGCACCAGUCCAAGGGUGGCACUCUCGUUCAUUCAGGAAGACGGCAUGUCCUCGGAGGUCGAGCAAGCUCCGCAGCACAUGAAGAUUGAAAUGCCACCUCCGAAGCAGGAUGCUCCGAACGAACCUUUGGCUCUUCACGUUGCGAUUGCUCCCAAGGAAAUCAAGGUGGUGCCGGAGGACGAGCCCGGCGCAGAAGAAGUGGCGCCCUCGGUUAUCCAGGACAUCUCCGUCACACUCGAAGGAUCUUACAGUCAACCCGUCGUUCACGAGAACGAUGUCGUCGGGGACAACGCAGCCGAAAGUCGAGAAGUUGUGGCCGUUUCAAGGGACCAGCUGCAGCUUUCUGGUGACGUAUUUGCGGACUACACGUUGAAGGUUGUUCCCCGGCCAGAGCAGCAACAGGAAGGAGCCCCCUUGGUUGUAAGCCAGGACAACAAGAUGGUGAUUAACGAGGAGGAGGUUUCAUCCGUGAUACACGAGCUGUGCUUCGCCCUGGACGUUCCUUCGCGUGCAAGUCAGGCUGACAAAAGCAAAGAACCGGAGCUCCCGUUACAAAUCGCCAUUGCAUUAACUGGAAGCGGUAGUGGUGCCAGCGAUCACAGCAUGGUGGCGCGGACGUCAGUGGAGGACAUAUCCAGCUCUGAGGCAUCCUCGUCAACUCAGCAGCAAAAGGAAAUUGCGUCCAUCAUUCUCAACCUCAAAGCGCUCCAAAAGAGUGAGGAAAGGCCCAUGACGUUCAACUGGGAAGGCGUUCCCGCGGCAAGCGAAUGCGACGACAUACCUUGCCUGCUCAAGGUUGAGGAGAAGAAGUUGGCGGCUGCAAACGACGAGUUCACUUCUGUUCACCAGGAAGUCCGCAUCUCGCUGGAGGUUCCCACGGAGACGAGAAGCGAAGCUGCUGGCCCGGGUGUUCAGAUCGGCAUUGCUGUGAAGUCCGUGCCGAAGAGAGCUGGUGACGAAGAGAACGCCAUAUACACAGUCGAGAUACCCGACGACACGGACUUUGAGAAAGUGCCACUGAGCGAGACCGUCGAGCGAGAGGCAGAGCCCGCAAUUGAGGAGCUAGUGCCUCUGACAAAAGCAGCCGCGUCGCCCGCGAAGACACUGGUCGUCGAGAACAGAAGCUUGGGAGACGAGCUGUUGCUGGAGUCGAUUCUGGCUCCUCCACCAUCUCCUGGCGAAGCCGCUCCGGAGACGCAUGACUUUGUGGUGAAAGAGGAGAAGAAGGCUGAGGAAGAAUGGGUGAUCGAUACGAGUUUUCUUCCAAAGGAGAACUCCCACAAAGUCGAGGCUAAGGUGCCAAAGACAGUGCUCAAAGGGGUGACAACGCAAGAUCUCAUCCGCGGCUCCCUCCAUUUUGACGGGAAAGCCUGCUUGCUCUCGAUCUCGACCGACGAUAUCUGGACAACGGAGGAUAUGUGCCAGGCGUCAGUGCCAGGCGCCGCAGGGAAAGAGAAGUCGUCGCUACCAUUCUUGGCGGACAAAGGUCCUGGCUUGCGGAACGGUGCUGAGCCUCUGAUACGGGAGAUCCCUGCAUGGCUUGGAGACGUGCUUAUCGACGAGGUGAAACAAGCUUGUGCCGGCAGCGCAAAGGAGGCUUUUGGAUUCGGGGGAGGGAAGCAACAGCAGCAGCAGCAGCAGGCCGGCAUCCAGCGUCAAGUGCUUGGAUUUCGGAGCUUGCCAGGAAGGCAAGUCAGGCCUGGCCAGCCAAAACCAUCUCAAGAGGCCGCGUUUGGGUUUCGCAGCCUGCCUCCGAAGUCGGGGAGGCCACCUUUGCCAACAGCAGUCGCAGCGGUGAAGCCCAGCAUCUCAGUCACUGUUCCGGUUUCCAGCGACGGUUUCGCAGACUGGGACUCGACGCUCUCGCUCGUCACCAGGGGUGGUAGUCCACCACAGUCACUAGCGCAGCAGGAGCAGGCAGACCCGACGAAGCCAAGAGUUCCGGACUCUCCAGGCGCUCGCUCCUGCAUCAUCAACAGGCCGAGCGAGCUUGGUAGGAGCAGCAGCGGCGUUGGGGGUGGCGGCAGCGCUAGCACACUGGCCGUGGAGCCGGAAUUCGAGCAGGAUGCUCAAGCGCCGGCAAAGACGAUCAUUUCGGACGCAGCAUCGGCCUCGACUCCGUCACAGACGACACCAACGUCAACGCUAACUCUGGAGCAGACCUCGUCGCCUCUACCUCUUCCUCCGGCAGCGAAGAUGGCUCUAGACUUACUGGACGCGGGCAGUGGCGAGGAAUCGUCCGGGGAAGCACAGCAAGCAGCUUGGAGCAGUGACGGACUCCAUGUCCUGCCGCUGGACGCGCUACAAGAGGAGACGUUCUUUGACGCUCUCGAGUGCUCGGCGGCUGGAAGAAGCGGUGGUGGUACCAACAGUAACAAUGGCAAGAUCAAGCGCUACCUCAAGGACAAGCUGUGGAACAAAUUCUCGUGCUAUGGCGUUGGGCUCCCAGAGUCGGAUUCUUCGGACGCGGGCAUGCCGUGCCAUCACCACAGGAUUCUCGCAAACAAUUCUUAAAACAUAUCGAAAUCUAAUUCCGCU